AUGGCUAGCACCAGACCCCACAUUCGAGAUCUUGGCUACGGUCCGGGCUACUACACCCCCGGGCCCAAGAACUCCAUUCUCGACGUGCCCGACUUGCAGGUCGGGCAAAAGACGGUUCACGAUGAGGAAAAGGGUGUUCAUGUGGGAUUGACGCUCAUUUACCCUCGCGGAACGGAAAACACGCGCAAGCAGCCGUCUUAUGCCAAUGUCCAUACGUUCAAUGGUGGUGGCGAGAUGACGGGAAUGCACUUUAUCCAGGACUGGGGAUUCACAGGUUCGCCCAUUGCGUUUACAGACUCAAUGUCUUGCGGAUCAGUGUACCAGGCCCUCACCAACUACAGCUUUGACCUGUCCCGCCGCCUAGGAGAGAAUGCCGAGCAAAUGUACUCGCACCACGGCUGGCCCGUGGUCGGCGAGACCUGGGGAGGCGGCAACACGGACAUUCAAGACUUCAAGUCGACGCUAAACUACGACCAGGUCGUCGAGGCCAUUGAGGACGCGGCCCGUCGCCAGACGGUGCUCGAGGGCAGCCACGGUGGAGGCGCCGGCAUGUUGUGUCUCGGUCACAAGGGCGGCACCGGAACCAGUAGCCGCCUCGUACCACAGGGUGGAGACGGCAAGGAGGAUUUUGUUGUUGGCGUCCUGGUGCAGACCAAUUUCGGUCAGAAAUCCAUGUUACAGAUUGGUGGUGUUCCUAUCGGCAAGCUUCUCGUUCGUGACGAUGUCGAAAAGGGCAAGGCGGCUAGCGAAGCUGACCGCACCGAGAGAACUGGGUCUGAAGGCAGUAUUCUUGUAUGCGUAGUGACCAAUGCGCCUCUGCUCCCGCAUCAGCUCAAGCGCGUUGCGGCUCGAGCCUCUACUGGCAUUAUAGCUUGUGGCGGCCUAGGCACAGGUUACAACUCGUCCGGCGAUAUCAUCAUCGCGCUAUCGACUGCAAAGAACUGUUCGCCAGAGGUGCUCAUGAAGCACGAAUGGAAGCGCCCGAGCCCAGAGACAGCUGGCCGCGCCGGAGGACGGCCUUCAGCCCCGGCUGGGCAGGUCAGCGGGGCGGGAUUCCGCCGGGAUGUAGAGGUACAGACUGUCGAAACGGUGGUCCAUAGCUCUAUCGAUGCGCUAUUUGUUGCUACGGCUGAGGCAACUGAGGAGGCCAUUUUGAACUCUUUGUGUCAAGCCGAAGAUCUCAAGGCAUAUGACGGGACGCUACACAAGGCUAUUGAUACGGAACGAGUUAAAGAGUUGCUAGACAAGUAUAGGGUCCAGUGA